UGGGGCACUCAGGGUGCAGCCAGCACUGUGCUGACAGCUGGCACCCAGCAUGGCUGAGAAACCCCAAAUCCAGCUCUUCAUCAAGGCAAGCGAAGACGGGGAGAGUGCUGGGCACUGCCCCUUCUGCCAGCGGCUCUUCAUGGUGCUGCUGCUCAAAGGGGUGCCCUUCACCCUCACCACCGUGGACGUGAAGAGGGCACUGGAUGUGCUGAAGGACUUCGCACCAGGUGCCCAGCUGCCUGUUCUGCUCUACAACGGCGAGCCCAAGACUGACACCGUGACCAUCGAGGAGUUCCUGGAGGACCAGCUGGGCCCCCCCACGUGCCCCAGUCUGGUCCCGCAGUACCGGGAGUCAAGCCUGGCCGGGAACGACAUCUUCCACAAGUUCUCCGCCUUCAUCAAGAACCCGGUGCCUGCCCAGGAUGAGGUGCUGCAGCGGAGCCUGCUGCGGGCCCUGCUGAAGCUGGAUGAGUACUUGCGUGCCCCUCUGGAGCAUGAGCUGGCCCGGGACCCCAACCUCCGGGCCUCCCAGCGACGCUUCCUUGACGGAGACCACCUCACGUUGGCCGACUGCAACCUGCUGCCCAAGCUCAACAUUGUUCAGGUCGUAUGCCAGCACUACCGCCACUUCGGGAUCCCCAAGGACCUGCGGGGCGUGUGGCAGUACCUCAACAGUGCCAGUGAAACCAAGGAGUUCAAAUACACCUGUCCCAACAGCCAGGAGAUUGUACAAGCCUAUCGCUCCGUGGUCCGUGCACCACAGUGAGCUGGGUAUGCACCCCAGUGGGUGCAAGGCCAGGGUUGGGGUCAGGCAGGAGGUCAGUGCCCACCCCAUUCCUGCCAGCACGCACUUGGGAGAGCAGAGCAUGAGCUGCGCCCCUGGCACCCAGAUGCUAGCAGUAAUCUGUGGUGCACUGAGCCCCUUUUGUGCCACCCUCCCUCUCAGCCAGGACAUGCUCUGUGGCCCCCGAGCAUCGGGCCUGGGGGCAAGGGGGCAAAGCCAUGGGCACCAUCAGUGCCAAAGCUGGGCCCUGCUGUGGGCAGGGGCAGAGCUGGGGAGGACAAGCUGCCCAGAGCACAGGGCAGCCCUGCAGCCUCUUGUGUGGGCACGUCAUGCCACCCUCUCAUGAGGGUCCAAGGCCCAGCUGUGCCUGGGCAGCAGGCACUGCAGGAUGCCCUCACACCUGCACUGGGUGAGGGGACCCAGCAUAGCCAUGGAGAGCCCUGAGAACACAGUUCCCAGCACCCUGGGUGAGGGGAGCAGAGGGUACCAACCUCCCGGAAUCUGCGGUUAGUCUGCUCUCAGGAGCAGAUUUGGGGGUUGUGAAGUGGGGCAAGCCCAAGCCAAGCUUCAGAGCUCCUGGAAAUCAA